CCCCUUUCAGUUUCUCUCAGUCCUCCGUAUAUAUGAUACCUGCAUAUACACAAACACAUGCAUACGUUAUCAGUGCGCAUGUGAGUCCAAAAUAACUGAUGAGAUCAAUCGCAUCAAAUAUGAAAACCCUUUUGCUCUCUUUCCAUUUCUUUUUUUGGACCAUUCACCCAAAAAGUCUGGAAAAUCUGCUCACAACAUCAUAAAACCCAGAAACCAGAACAACCAGCAGAAUCAACAGCUUCAAAUCUUUAAUGGCGUUUUAAGGCACAAGACGUAAAAACGUACACAAAACCCAAUAAUUUGAUCUGAGAAAAACGGAAAAUAAAACCACGAGGGUGGGUGGUAGACACAUGUCAGUGAUAGGGCCUCUCAGUGUUUCGAGUAAUCGCUUUCUCUAGUGGCCAUAGCUAUAGAGCUAAGCCUAGCUCUGUUUCUCUUUCUUCUCGUUUAGGCAGCGAGUGUUGUAGAGGGCGGUGCUAAAUUUAAAGGUGCAGUACGUAGUUGUUGUGGGUGUGGCUACUAGUACUAAUUUCGCAGCGGCUUAAUUCUUACAGGCUGUCUGAGAUUGUUGGUUGGGGUAUAGUUAUUAAGAGAAAACAGAGAGCAGAGCACUGGUUCCUAGACUGGUUAGCAGCAGCACAACACUAGGGUUGUUCUUGUUCCCUGUGCUUGUCGCUCGUGCGCUUCAAAAUCCUUCAGCGCAGUCAGAUCUCGAGGCUUCUCACCUUUCCUUCCUCCGCCAUUCUCUCUUUCGAAGGCAAGCUGUGCCAACCCCUCACUGGUUGGGUUUGAUACAUAGCAUUUGGAGAGCCCUGUUUUGGGUUUGAGUUGUAUAGGCUCAAAGGUGCUGUGACUGUGUCAAACUGACCUUUUGAAAUAGAUAUAUUUCGCAUUGCCACGAUCAUAGGAGGGUCGGUGGAUACUGUUGAAUAGAGAUGGCGUUGCUUGGCAUUCAAACCGAGUUGAAUUACUGGAUGUGGAGUGUGGAAUGUGGAAGGAUGACUCAUUGGUUUGCAUAGUUAAGGAGCGAAACUCGGUCCGUGAUUGUGGGCUUUGGUGGGUAUUAAAGUGAUUGAAAUGAUCUAUUGUGAGUAUUUCUUUUGAUUGGCCUGGAGGGAGUGUUAGGGUAGUUUGGCUUUUGAUGUGGAAUAUUGGUCUCAAGUACAAGACAUGCUGAGUUCCGAUGGGGGCGAGAAGGAUUUGUUCUUUGAUUCCGCAGAGUAUUUGUCAUCUGAAGAGUCAGUGGUAGUGAAGGAGGAGUUGGAGUAUGAGAUUUGGUUGAAUGAGCCACCGAGUGUGAAGGAAAGGCGAGAGAGUUUUCUACGGCAGAUGGGUUUAGCUGAAUCUGGAUCUACAAAGUUUGGUUCUGAGGAGAUGGAAAGGGACGUUGGUACCUCAUCGGAGAUGAUGGGAUUGGAGAGACUUUUGGAGUGGAGUGGAGCUGCCUCGAGCUCUUGCAGCUCCUCCUCUAGUCACAUUGAGGAAUAUUCGGGUUUUCAUAGCAGGGAAGGGGACAAUCUAGCAAAUUUUAUGUAUGAUGAAUUGGACAGAGACCUGCAAGACAAGUCAAAUUUAGUUUCCAUUCUAGAGUCGGUACAAGUUUCUACUUCUGGUAGUGAUUGUUCUCAGGGGGGAACUUGUUCUGAGAGAGAAACUGAGGCUACUGAAGAAGAAUGCGAGAGUUCAAAGGAGGGCCGGAAGAAGAAGAGAAGUUGGUGGAAACAGUUUAUAAACAAGAGCAAGAGGAGAGGAGGUAAAGUUGUCUCAGAGGUAUCAAAACCUGAUACUGAAGUAUCCAAAGAAAACAGAAUGAAGAUCAAACAGAACAGUAAGAGGUACAUGGAGUUUUCAGCACUUUGCACCGGGCAAGAAAUUCAGGCUCACAAUGGGUUUAUUUGGACGAUGAAGUUUAGUCCUGAUGGCCAAUACAUUGCAACUGGUGGUGAAGAUGGGGUUGUGCGCAUUUGGUGUGUUACAGCAGAUGCCUCUUGUAAUUACCUUAUGGCUCAAGGCAACUUAGAUAGCAAACUUAAAAAGAUCAAGUCUGGAUGUCGAGUUAUUUUUCCUGACAACAGUUUUCGAAUUGAAGAGUCACCUCUCCAAGAGUUUCUUGGCCAUUCCAGUGAUGUGUUAGACCUGGCUUGGUCAAAUUCAAACCGUCUCAUUUCUUCGUCCAUGGAUAAAACUGUUCGUCUGUGGGAAGUUGGUUGCAGUCAGUGCCUACAUGUUUUUCAUCACAAUGACUAUGUAACAUGCAUUCAGUUCAAUCCUCUCGAUCACAAUUACUUCAUCAGUGGAUCCAUAGAUGGAAAGGUUCGAGUUUGGGGGCUUUCUGAGAAGCGAGUUGUUGACUGGACUGAUGUGCGAGAUGUCAUAACAGCUAUUUGUUAUCAACCAGAUGGGAAGGGUUUCGCAGUUGGUUCCCUUGCAGGCACUUGCCGCUUCUAUGAAGAAUCAGGAAAAGAAGCUCUUCAGCUUGUUGCACAGAUUCAUAUUCAUUCUAGCAGGAAGACCUCUGGCAACAAAAUCACCGGCAUCCAGUUUUCCGAGGAAAAUGCUCAAAGAGUUAUGAUAACAUCAGAAGACUCAAAAGUCCGUGUGUUUGAUGGGGUAGAUCUCAUUAAGAAAUACAGAGGUCUUCCAAAGUCAGGAAGUCAAAUGUCAGCUUCUUUCACAUCCAGCGGGAAACGUAUAAUCUCAGUUGGAGAGGACUCGCGCGUUUACUUAUGGGACUAUGACAGCUGUAGUGUUCCAUCAUCCAAGCAUACAAAAUCUGUUCGAUCCUGCGAACAUUUCUAUUGCGAAGGUGUGUCUGUUGCAAUCCCUUGGUCAGGCAUGGGAACAGAAGAUAGGAACUUAGAAACUGCUAGUCCACGAUAUUGCUCACAAACACAAGGCCAAAUAGACGCUACUCCUGGCAGUAGAGAUUCGGAACGCUUUUUGCUUGGGAAUUGGUUCUUUCUGGAGGGUCCCUGCAGAGGCUCUGCAACUUGGCCCGAGGAAAACCUUCCUCAGUGGGAUUCACCAGUUGCAGGAGAGGAAGAUGAUCAGUGGCAAUACAAAGACCAUCAACACCAUCACCACCACAAUAAAGCUCACAACCACUUGACGAAAUCAGAAACGUGGGGGCUUGUCAUUGUAACUGCCGGAUGGGAUGGAAAAAUCAGGACAUUCCAUAACUAUGGAUUGCCGGUCAGCUUGUAGGAGUUCAUUUGUCUCAGCAUUCAGUCGUUGAUCAUCUUGGCAUCGAGAUCCUAGCUCAUUAAGUAGGUUAGCAGAAUCAGCAGCAGAGAAUUGAAAUCUAUGAAUUUUGAAGGCUUUUGACAAUGUGUUCAAGCAGCUUUCCUCAUUAGGAUAUAGAUUCAUUAGAGCAUGAAGCCUUGUGAAGAGAUUCAUUAGAGCAUGAAUUUUGAAGGCUUUUGACAAUGUGUUCAAGCAGCUUUCCUCAUUGCUGUUUCUUGUUAGGAUAUAGAUUCAUUAGAGCACGAAGCCUUGUGAAGAGCUUCAUUAGUGUGUACAUUUCACUUUGUUAUGUCACUCAAGCUUGUGUGGACUGCCCAUUAGGGUAGGCUAUCUAUGCAGUUUCUCAAAUUCACAUUCUUUUUUUGUGAAUAUCAAUUAGAUUAAUGGAAUACUAGCUCAGUAUGUAAGUACCUCAUUGGGUCAAUCCUGCUGAUAGUUUGCCCUGCUCUUUGGAAAUUCUCCUU